GCUCUGCCAUUGGUGAGUGCCCCACCAGGCCCCGCCCACCGGCACCCAACUGUCAGGGAGCCCUGGGUAGGGUCCUGCUCUGCCAUUGGUGAGUGCCCCACUGGGCCCGCCCACCGGCACCCAACUGUCAGGGGGCCCCUGGUAGGGGUCCUGCUCUGCCAUUGGUGAGUGCCCCACCGGGCCCCACCCACCGGCACCCAACUGUCAGGGAGCCCCGAGUAGGGUCCUGCUUUGCCAGUAAGCACAGCAGCGGGUCCUACCUACAAGCAGCCGGCGGUUAAGGAGCUACGGUUAGUGAAGAAAAUUAGACAACUGUGGAGCGGUGGUGGUGAGGUGGAGAGUGAGAUCGAAACGAACGAAAUAAACCAGAGCAUCGUUCUUCAAGCCAAGGACCCUUGUCAUCAAUUAGAGCAGUAAUCAAGAGAUCAUUCAUGAAUAGUACACAGCAAAAAUGCCCCGUGGAAGAGCUUCUCGGACUUCUAUUCAGAGUGAGCUUCAUCGAGAUAGGAGGCGCCCAGAGAUCACCAUUGUGGCAGCUGAGCCGCUGAGGCCCACCUCGUGGUUUCCAGGAGCCCACCCACCAGGACUGGCAUUUCCCCCGGCUUCUGCAGCAGGCCCUUGGAGGCCUAGUGAGCUGGUUCCUGCUGAGCUCCCACCAUCUUAUGAACAAGUCAUAAAAGAAAUCAACCAAGUUCAAGUUAACACUACAAAUAAUAAUAAUGCUGCUGCCACUUCACGGCACACUAUUACUUCAGCAACUCAGACUGACUUUUCAGAAGAAAUAGACAACCAUCUGCCUCAAAGUAAUGCAACCCUGCAGGCACCUCUGAAACCCCUCCAGCCUUCCCCAGCCAUCUCAGCCAGGCACCCUCCCACAAACGAGGAGCCUCUAAUAGUCUUUGAUAUUUCUGAAGAACAAAAUUGUCCACAAAACUCCAGUGCUCCAAGAUGUCCAGUGCCAAAACCAAGAUCAAAAAGCAACCUCAGACCAGUGGCCAGAGAUUCUCACGUUAAAGAGCAGAAUUCCCAGAGCAGCCCGAUAGCGGCGCAGGAGGAGGCAGCCCCGAGCCGGCCCCCGCCUCUGUGGGAAGGUACCAGCCACCCUGAGGGUCAGGCCGUGAUGAACAUGAUGAACGCAGAGCAGAGCCGCAGCACUGUCGUUUCCAGGAUCAAAGCACUUGAGGGUCAGACAAAUACAGAAAGCUUGGGACUGCCCAAGAAGCCAGAGAUCGUGCCCCGCACAGUCCCGCCAAGACCUGCCGUUUCCUCAGGGAAACCCUCGCUGGCUCCCAAACCUACAGCCAACAGGGCUUCCGGAGAAUGGGACUCCUGGACCGCAAGCAGACUCAGGGGGGCCCCCACCCCUCACUCUCCACCGAAGGAAGCAGGGAGCAGCCCCGUCACCAAACCCGAAUUGCCAAAGAAACCAAAUCCUGGCCUUAUCCGGAGCAUUAACCUGGAGAGUCUGGGAGGAGGGCCCGCGGCUGACAGUCCCAACGGUGGGAAGAAAGCGCCGACUCCCGCUCCCCGGCCUUUACUGCCCAGGAAAUCGGUGUCCUCGGAAAGCACCCCCUGCUCUGCGGCUUUGCUGAAACCAGUCCCAGUGCCUCCCCGGCUCUCGGUGGCGUCACAAGCCAAAGCCUUCAGGUCACUGGGAGAAGGCCCCCCAGCCAGCCCCCCGGCCCCUGCGCAGCAGAGCCAGCCUCCGGGGGACGUAGACCUCAUCAGCUUCGACGACGAUGUUUUACCCGCACCGUCUGGGAGCCUGGCUGAGGACUCUGCUGGUCCAGACAUGGUUCUGGAUCCUUUUCAGCUCCCCACCAGAACAGAACCAACAAAGGAACAAGCAAUUCAACCAGCACCCACCAGGAAGCCCACUGUGAUUCGAAUUCCAGCCAAACCAGGAAAAUGUUUACAUGAAGAGGAUCCACAAAGCCCACCUCCUCUCCCUACUGAAAAACCUAUUGGAAACACCUUUAGCACAGUAUCUGGAAAGCUUGGUAAUGUUGACAGAACUAGAAACUUGGAAUCUGACAUUGCUGGUCAAUCAGGAGGUUUUGUGCGAGGACCCCCAAGGUUGCCACCCAGGCCUGUAAAUGGAAAAGUCAUACCAGCUCGACAGCCUCCUCCCAAGGGGGCCCCCGAGAGACCACCUCCCCCUAAACUUCCAGCAACCAGAACAUCAAAUAAAAAGCUGCCUUUUAAUCGGUCUUCUUCUGACAUGGAUCUUCAGAAAAAAACAAGUAACUUGGCACCUGGACUCUCAAAAGCCAAGAGUCAAGUCUUUAAAAAUCAAGAUCCAGUACUGCCCCCGCGUCCCAAACCAGGACACCCUCUCUACAGGAAGUACAUGAUGUCUGUGCCUCAUGGAAUUGCCAAUGAAGAUGUCAUCCCACAAAACCCUGGAGAACUUUCUUGUAAGCGUGGGGACGUCCUGGUGAUACUGAAGCAGGCAGAAGGUAAUUACUUGGAGUGCCGGAAGGGAGAUGAUGCCGGCAGAGUUCACCUGUCUCAGAUGAAGAUCAUCACGCCACUUGACGAACAUCUUAGCAGCAGACCAAACGAUCCGAGCUGCCCUCAGAAGCCUGUUGACACUGGUGCCCCCCACGCUGUCGUCCUUCAUGAUUUCCCAGCAGAGCAAGCUGAUGAUUUGAGCCUCACUUCUGGAGAAAUUGUUCAUCUUCUGGAAAAAAUAGAUACAGAUUGGUACAGAGGGAAAUGUAGAAACCAGACUGGUGUAUUUCCGGCCAACUACGUCAAAGUGAUUAUUGAUGUUCCAGGAGGAAAUGGGAAAAGGGAAUCCAUCUCAUCUCAUUGUGUUAAAGGCCCAAGGUGUAUUGCUCGAUUUGAGUAUAUUGGAGACCAGAAGGACGAGUUAAGUUUCUCAGAGGGAGAAAUUAUUAUUCUUAAAGAGUAUGUGAAUGAUGAGUGGGCGAGAGGAGAACUUGGAGACAGAUCUGGGAUCUUCCCCCUUAACUUUGUGGAACUCAUUGAGGAUCAUCCCACCUCUGGUACAAAUGUUUUAAGCACAAAGGUACCACCAAAGACCAAAAAAGAAGAUUCUGGUGCAAAUUCUCAGGAGGACAAUCUUUGUGGAGAAUGGUGCGAAGCUCUGCACAGUUUCAUGGCAGAGACCGGUGAGGACUUAUCCUUCAAGAGGGGAGACCGGAUCCUGAUCCUGGAGCGAGUGGACUCCGACUGGUACAAGGGCAGACUGCGGGACCGAGAGGGCAUCUUCCCCGCUGUCUUCGUGCGGCCCUGCCCAGCUGAGGCAAAAGGCAUGGCUGCUUUAUCGCUGAAGGGGAGGAAGGCCAAAGCCUUGUAUGAUUUCCAUGGGGAGAAUGAAGAUGAGCUUUCCUUCAAGGCUGGAGACAUAAUAACAGAGCUGGAAUCUGUCGAUGAUGACUGGAUGAGUGGAGAACUGAUGGGAAAAUCUGGAAUAUUUCCCAAAACGUACAUUCAGUUUUUACAAGUUAGCUAAAGGUGAUGCUUGACUGUGCUCCUUGGCACAAAAACUCACUUGAACUCUCACUUUGACUAUCAGAUAUGUUUUUGCACUAUUUUUUUAAACCGAAAGAAAUAUCGAUGCUGUAUGCGGUAUACUAGAAUUUUCUGAAAGCAGAAAACAUCUUGAUUUUGUAGUUAGCUUUCAUUCGCAUUAGAAACGGGCGCAUGGAAACCCAUGAGCCCGUUUCUACCAAGGAGGACAUCAGGCAGGAGCAAGGCAGGCAGACCCUCCCCCCGGCAGAGCGUCUGGCGACAGGGCAGCAUUGGGACGCUCAGAAGCGAACCCUGCACUGGGACGUCUGUGUUCAUCAGCACAAGUAAAUUAACCGUGCUGCUUCAUUUUUCACUUCAGUUUUAAAAGAGGUCAUGUGUUAUUCUACAUGCUGUAACUCUCAGGCGAUGGUUGGUAACCUAAAUUUCAUUUUUGACAUUCGAAUUAAUUCUAACAGCUUGAGAGCAUUAUCCUUAUGACCAGGGCAAAGCCUUGUUUCAGAAGGGAGUAGUUCAUUGACUAGUGGAGCCUCGGUGAGCAUGUGGUGAAUCAGCUCACAGUCACCAAAUGCUCCUGUGUUGCCAGAUGUUUUCCCUUUGUCCCAGUGUCUGAAAGUGGUUACAGUUUGGUGCAUCUUGGUCAUAAGAACCAAAACCACCCUGAAAAGCCUUGCUAAUAUAACUAACUCUUUCACAUACCUGCAGUACUUAUUUCUUUCCUCUGUGUAUACUUUAUGUUAACAGGGUUAUUAUAAAGCACAUUUUCUGAUUCUGUAAUCAUUCUUUUGACAAUUACUGGUACUCAAAGAAAAAUUCAUUUUCUUUGUGUUACCCCAGUAAUAUAUUAAAGCUGUGUCUUGUAACAGUGGUACAUUAUGAAUCACAUACAUAUAUCUCAAAAUACAGAGCAACUGUUAAGAUGGGAAACAAUGCCAAACCCCCAGCUCAUUCUUCCAAAUAUAAUCAGAGCUAAAAAUAAUUUGAGAAUCUGAAGGCUAAUACUUUCAGGGUUGUUUUUUUCCCCCUAGCUCAUCCCUGCAGUUUUUAAGAGUAAAUAAAAACCACUUUCCUGCUAUCCAUUGUUAUGCACUCCAGGCCUAAGAUAAAAGUCUUAAAGCUAAAAAGUGGUUCAUUGUGAGACCGAAUCAAUUACAGCUUCUGGGCUGAAGCCAAAUAUAUUGGCUGAAGACAAUCUUUCAAACAGAUCAAUGGAAUAGAAUUUCAUUGGAAAUGUAAAACACUUUCCUAACAAUGUUCAUAACUUUCUUCUGUUUUUGAGAAGAUUUUCAUAUGCUGGGCCGCCUUUUUGCUUUUGUUGUUGUUCCCAUUGUCUAAAAAGUUAGGCAGUUAAGUGAUGAAACCAUUAUGUGAACACCAUGUGGGGUUCUAUAACGGAGGAGAGACUUACCUUGUCUUUGAUUAAAGUUCAUUUCCCAUUAUAUGGUUACAAUUGAUUUUGAGCUAUGGGAGCUGUUUUUUGUUUGUUUUUUUUUUUUAAGAUGUUUUGGGUAUAGAAGAUGGAAUAAAGAAAACUGGUCAAAUACCACUCAAGAGUAAUUUCAUAAAAAGUGGAUGGCUUAAAGCAUUGUCUCAACUAAAUUCCUAUUUGCAGCAAGCUUGUAUAACAGCAGGAAGGUGAGACUCGGGGGAACUGGGAUAGGGCAUGAGGUAUAUUUCUUUGCCUGUGUAAUCUUAACAUCUUAUAUUGAAAAUCAGGAAAACCUAGCUUUAUUGGAGAAAAAUAUUCCUCUGGCCUCUGUCAGCAGAAUGAUAAGUGCAAUAGGUGUAUAUCUACUUGACACUAUAAUAAACUGAACUGAACUUUUCAAA